CCGGGGCAGCCCCGCACCGCGCGCGUCUGCCGGCCGCCGCCAUGUACCGCUGCCUGGGCGAGCAGCUGGCCUCGCGCCUCGCCGCCACCGCCGGCUCCGAGCCGGCCGGGGCCGUGGUGGUGGCGGCGGCGUGGGGCCGCGGCCGGUGCCCGCGGCGGCGCUACUGCGAGGCGGCGUCCCCGCGGCAGGAGGACGACCCCAACUUCUUCAAGAUGGUGGAGGGCUUCUUCGACCGCGGCGCCAGCAUCGUGGAGGACAAGCUGGUGGAGGGGCUGCGCACCCGCGAGAGCAUGGAGGAGCGGCGGCACCGCGUCCGCGGCAUCCUGCGCAUCAUCAAGCCCUGCAACCACGUGCUCAGCGUCUCCUUCCCCAUCAAGCGCGACAACGGCGAGUGGGAGGUGAUCGAGGGCUACCGGGCGCAGCACAGCCAGCACCGCACCCCCUGCAAGGGAGGUAUUCGUUAUAGUUUGGAUGUCAGUGUGGAUGAAGUGAAAGCCUUAGCAUCUCUAAUGACAUAUAAAUGUGCCGUUGUUGAUGUGCCAUUUGGUGGGGCAAAGGCUGGUGUCAAGAUCAAUCCCAAGAACUACACAGACAAUGAAUUGGAAAAAAUCACAAGAAGGUUUACCAUGGAGCUGGCAAAAAAGGGUUUCAUUGGUCCUGGAGUUGAUGUGCCUGCUCCUGAUAUGAGCACAGGGGAAAGGGAGAUGUCCUGGAUUGCUGACACCUAUGCCAGUACAAUAGGACACUAUGAUAUUAAUGCACAUGCAUGUGUAACUGGCAAACCCAUCAGCCAGGGUGGGAUCCAUGGACGUAUAUCUGCAACUGGUCGUGGUCUCUUCCAUGGAAUUGAAAAUUUCAUCAAUGAGGCAUCGUAUAUGAGUAUAUUAGGAAUGACUCCGGGAUUUGGGGAUAAAACAUUUGCUGUUCAGGGAUUUGGUAACGUGGGCUUGCAUUCUAUGAGAUACUUGCAUCGGUUUGGAGCAAAAUGCGUUGCUGUUGGAGAAUUUAAUGGUUCUAUCUGGAAUCCUGAUGGGAUUGAUCCAAAGGAACUAGAAGAUUACAAAUUGCAACAUGGGACAAUCAUGGGCUUCCCUAAAGCACAGACACUUGAGGGCAGUAUUCUGGAAACAGACUGUGACAUUCUCAUCCCUGCUGCCAGCGAAAAGCAGUUGACUAAGGCCAAUGCUCACAAGGUCAAAGCAAAAGUAAGUUGGAGAGCUCAAAUACAAAUAAGUAGUAGAAAAGGCAAGUUUAAAUACUGGUAUUCAAUGAUUAGUAUGAACAGAAACAUUUCUCUUUAUUUUUUUUUUCAGAUUAUUGCUGAAGGUGCCAAUGGGCCUACGACUCCCGAAGCUGACAAAAUCUUCUUGGAGAGGAAUAUCAUGGUUAUUCCUGAUCUUUACCUGAAUGCAGGUGGUGUAACGGUGUCCUAUUUUGAGUGGCUGAAAAACUUGAAUCAUGUCAGCUAUGGUCGCCUGACUUUUAAAUAUGAAAGGGAUUCAAACUACCACUUGCUCAUGUCUGUCCAGGAAAGCUUGGAGAGAAAAUUUGGGAAACAUGGUGGAACUAUACCAGUUGUGCCUACAGCAGAAUUUCAGGAUAGGAUAUCAGGUGCAUCUGAGAAGGAUAUUGUCCACUCUGGGUUGGCUUAUACAAUGGAGCGUUCUGCUCGGCAAAUCAUGCGGACUGCCAUGAAGUACAACUUGGGUCUGGACCUGAGAACAGCUGCCUAUGUCAAUGCGAUUGAGAAAGUCUUCAAAGUCUACAAUGAGGCUGGCCUGACCUUUACAUAAGUAGGCCGUCACUGCUCCUUGUUGUAUCCCAUCCCUCUUGCCGUAAAUGUACCCUCUUCUUGGAAAAGCUUAUCACAAGUUUACAUGUAACCACAAAAAUUUCUUUUCUUCUGACAUUAUAGUGGAUUCUAUUCUCAAUUAGUUUCAGUCCAAACUAGUCUUUUUUUACAAUAAAAACCCAUGGAUUAGGAACUUGUAUACAAGCAUGUAUCUGAAGAUAACAGUUCAUCUGCACUUGUGGGGGCCAUUCUGGGUAUUUCACCUACAAAGCAAAAUGGUACAUUUUGUGUGUGAACGAGUGGUCUUGCCACCUGAGCCACUUCUCAAACUUCAGAUCAGAUACUGUACUAGAUGAGCACUUAGCUCAUUAUUACUUCAUGCACUUUUGUUUAAUGAUGUAAUUUUGGCUUUGGCACUUUCAAUAAGGCCUUGUAUGAUCAAUGCUAUUGCAUUGUCAGAGGAAGAAUGGGCCUCUAGCAGGGAUUAACUUUGAUAGGAGUCUAAUUUUUAUUUGUAGUAAAGCUUCAGGCCUGGUUCUCUUUAGGCAAUGUUUUUUCUUUACUGUGCUGCUGUUAUAGGACUGCAUUUUAUUGCUUGUUCAAGCUAGCUUAACUAUCACCAUGAAGUAUAUGUAGAGUCGACAAACUUAAUAUUUUUAUAAGCUGAAACUAUCAAGCAACUCUAGUUACAUUUUUAAAAUCAAGCUUCUAUGUAAUUAUUCUGACUACAGGUUUUCUUUUUUUUUAAGGGAUAGUCCGAAUUUUGGUAAGCAAUCAUACCUAGGUUUUUAGCAUUCUUUUUUAGUCUUUUCCUUUCGGAGGCAUUUUGAAAAUUAGAUGCUGCCUCAGUGAACAACUACAGUGAAAUUGAACCCAGAAGUCAUUGGCCAAACUACAGAGGAGCUAAAAUGCUGCUAUAAACUUAAUCCACUGUCUUAACACAUAGCCUUUUUUUUUUUUUUUUGGGUCAUCAGAAGAUCUCAGAAGUUUUGUUUUGCACAUACUCGAAUAUGACAAAAUGGACCUCAACACAAUAUUGUAUCAAGCACAGUUCUUAAAGUUCAAGGCUUUUGUCCAGUGGAGUCCCCUUGAAGUGCCAGAUGUUAUUUAUGUAAUGAAUUUUUUUCUAAGAAAGACAACUAGUCCCUCCCAGAAACUCAUGCUUUUUUUCUAUCUACUUUGUAACUGCAUGACAUAACAUGGAGAGAAGAGCAGUUAUUAAAAAAAAGUUGACCUUUCCAAACCUAC